AUGGAUUCCUCUGCCCAGGACCAAAAUCUCCAGGCGCUUAUUAAUGCAGCAGUGGCUGCUUCUGUGGAAAAGGCCCUGUCAUGGGUCCUUCCUGUGGAUCCUAAGGACAGAGCCUCCUAUGAGCCACUACGCUCUGCUGAAGAAUCGGAGGACUCAGAUCCCACCCAGAGUGCACAAACCGCAAAAACUCUAUUGGAAAGAGCAUGGUCCAGAACCCCUAACCGCAAGG